AUGGAACAAAAUUUACAUCUUUCAAAGGAUGCGGGCAAGCUACUUCCAGAUGCAAGUCAGUAUAGAAAACUAAUAGGAAGAUUGCUCUAUCUCACUUUAACCAGACCUGACAUCACUUAUGCAGUGCAUAGGUUGAGUCAGUUUCUAGCUGAACCAAGAAAGCCUCAUAUGCUGGCAGUCAAUAAAGUGCUGCAAUACUUGAAAGGUACUCCAGGUAGAGGAUUGUUCUUCUCCAGAAACUCCACAAUGCAAGUAAAAGCCUUUUGCGAUACUGAUUGGGCAGGCUACCCUGACACCAGAAGGUCAAUCACAGGUUACAGUGUGUUCUUAAGAGAUUCCUUAAUCUCAUAG